AUGGCAGUAUCAUAUUUUUGGCAAACUCAAAAUUUUUUAUUAUUAUUUAAAAUAAAAAAAAAAAAAAAAAACCUUGAAAAUUUUCUAAAGAUUUAUUUAUCUAAAUAUGGUUACUUACCACCAUCGGCGAGUAAUCCAUCCUCUGGAAAUCUCAUUUCCGAAGAAACAUUUUCCGAGGCCAUUGCCGAACUUCAAAGUUUUGCAGGCUUGAACGUAACCGGGAAAUUAGAUGCGGAUACUUUGGAACUUAUGGAAACGCCCAGAUGCGGUGUAAAAGACAAAGUCGGAGGUGUUACAUCAAAUUCCAGGAGUAAAAGAUACGCAUUACAAGGAAGCAGAUGGAAAGUACAUAAUUUGACUUAUAAAAUUUCAAAAUAUCCGAGAGCUUUGAAAAAAAGCGAAGUUGAUUCCGUUGUGGAAAGAGCAUUUAAAGUUUGGAGUGAUUACACGGAUUUGACUUUCACGUUGAAAAAAUCCGGAUCUGUUCAUAUAGAUGUUAGAUUUGAAAGAGGAGAACACGGAGAUGGAGAUCCUUUCGAUGGACGAGGAGGAACUCUGGCUCAUGCCUAUUUUCCAAUAUACGGAGGCGAUGCACAUUUCGACGAUGACGAAAGAUGGACGGUCAAGUCGUACAGUGGUACGAAUUUAUUUCAAGUUGCCGCUCACGAAUUUGGACAUUCUCUCGGACUCUCACAUUCCGAUAUAAGAAGUGCACUUAUGGCUCCCUAUUACAGGGGUUAUCAACCGUAUUUCGAAUUGGACAGCGAUGAUAUCAGAGGGAUUCAGAUUUUAUAUGGGAAAAAAUCCGGGAAUAAAGGAACCACGGAAUCUCCCAAUUCGAUUUACGACGAUGACGAAUUAUGUUCCCUAUCAUCCGUGGAUACAAUUUUCAUAGAUGCUAAAGAGAACACAUACGUUUUUAAGGGUGAUAAAUAUUGGAGAUUGACGGAUGACGGCAUGGCACCAGGUUAUCCGAAAACUAUAUCCAAAUCAUGGCCUGGAUUACCAUCGAACAUAGAUGCUGCUUUCACGUAUAAAAAUGGGAAAACGUAUUUUUUCAAGGGUGAUAAAUAUUGGAGGUUCAAUGGUAAAAAAAUAGACGGAGAUUAUCCGAAAUAUAUAUCGGAAGGUUUUGCUGGAAUUCCAAACAACGUCGACGCGGCAUUGGUUUGGAGCGGAAAUGGAAAAAUUUAUUUUUUCAAAGGUUCACAGUUUUGGAAAUUCGAUCCUUCGGCAAAACCUCCCGUAGGAAGUAAAUUCCCGAAACCUAUUUCCUACUGGGAAGGUAUCCCGGAUAAUUUAGAUGCCGCUUUACAAUACACGAACGGAUAUACUUAUUUUUUUAAAAAAGAUGGCUACUGGAGAUUUAACGACAGAGGAUUUAAGGUCGACACUGAUCAAAUACCAUUUCCGAGAUCUCUUAAACACUGGUGGUUGGGAUGUAAAAAAGCAACGAGAGGAACAUUAGGUAAUUUGGCACAUUAUAAAUUACAAGAGAACAGUUCAUUAAGUCAAAUUCAAGAAGAAGAAGAUGAGAAUAGAGAAAAAGUAGACGAUGUCAUCAUCGACAAUGGUAAGUUUUCUUUUCAUUAUUAUUUUCCAAAAACUUUUAAAACUCGCCAUUUUUAA